CACAGUUUCUCGUAUAGGAGGGUUGGAGCCAGAGUCGGAGUCGGCCCCCGUUGGCGUCGUUAUAACGCGAACAAUCCAUCGACAAAUGAUCGCGUCCCGCAUCUCUUCCGUUCACCCUCCCUUCCACCACCUUGUCACCGACUUUAGGUCGCCACUCUCCCGAUCGCGAUCAUGGCGGCGGUGCACCAGCGCCUCUCCUUCCCGGUCGCUCCACCCCAUCCGCGCCGGGGCAGCCACGGUCCUCGCCGCGACAUUCCGCCGCAGGUCUGCCGCUACUGGAAGUCCGGUCACUGCAGCCGGAACCCCUGCCGGUUCCUCCAUGCGGACGUGCCCCCGCCGCCGGCGCGGACAGCUAAGAAGCCCAACAACACCUGGGUCAACCCGUCCUGCGUCGCCAAGCCCAAGCUUCCACUAGAUGCGGUGCCGCCGCCGCCGUCGGUGCUGCCACCCAAGCGCCUCUGCGGCGGCGAGGAGCUCGCGGGUUGGUGCGUCGGCGACGGCUUCCGUGGCGUCGCGCAGCUCAAGGGCCACGCCAAGGCGGUCACCGGCGUCGCUGUGCCGGAAGGGUCUGACAAGCUAUUCUCCGGCAGCAUGGACGGCACUGUGCGCGUCUGGGACGGCAGCACCGGGCAGUGCGUCCACGUCGCGCCGAUGCAAGAAGGGGAGGUGGCGAGCCUGGUUUCCGUCGGCCCGUGGGUGGUCGUCGGGGUGCGCGGCGCCGUCAAGGCCCUCCACACCGGAACCGGGAAGGAGCUCCUUCUGCGAGGACCCGCUGCCUCCACGCUGGUCACCGCCUUGCUCGUCGAGGACGACGAGCACCUCUUCGCCGGCACGGAGGACGGCGUCAUCUACAUGUGGAGGAUGAACCAAGCCCAGCAAUGCUUGGACGAGGUCGCCGCGUUCCGGGGGCACGAGAAGGCCGUGGCGUCGCUGGCGCAAGGAAAGGGCACGCUUAACACCGGCUCGGCAGACGGCAGCAUUAGGGCCUGGGACCUCGAGAGCCGCCGGUGCGUCUGCACCCUCACCGCCCACGCCUCGGCAGUGAUCGCGUUGCUGUGCUGGGAACAGUUCCUGCUCUCGUCGUCCGAUGACGGCACCGUUAAGGUCUGGCGCGCGAAGCCGGACCGCGACGACCUCGACCUCGAGGUGCACUACGUCCACAGCGAAGGGGAACGCGUGGCCGCCAUCGAUGGAACGUACGAUCCGGACAAGAAGCCCGUCCUGAUGGUGUCGCGCGGCGAUGGCGUUGUGCGUGUCUACGACCUCCCGUCGAUGAAGAACAGAGGGCAGAUUCGCUGCAGCGGCGAGGCCAGGACCGUAUACCUCAGGUCGCCCGGCGUCGUCUUCACCGGAGAUGCGUCCGGCGAGGUCAGAGUGGUGAAGUGGACGCCACGCGCUGAAGCUGAAGCAUGAAUUAUUUGAAAGUUUGGACUGUACCUGUGCAUAAUCUUUUGAGGCGAACAAUCACUACUGCCAAUAUUUGCUUGUAAGCCGGUGUGUAUGUAAGACCCAGCAAGUUGAUCCUCUGCUUGUUACUGUCUUAAUGAGAAACAACAGAGAUGUUACGGUUA